ACUGUGCUUGAGGAGGGAGCCGCUUCCCAUCGCCCUCACAGACCAGGCGCCAAGUGUAGCAGUCCCGUCCGCAGUCUGCCUCAGCACCUCAACCGCCCGCUAUGCCCUUGGAUACCGCCGCCCCGCUCAUUUCCACAUCGCUCUGACUAACCGUAUAUCUCAAGGAGGUACCCUGGAUCUUUACUUUUGGAGUGUUGUGUUCACUGUCCUGAGUCCUCUGCGCUGCGUGAAGCGAAUGGAGAAGGUCCAAGGAUAACAGAGGGUGCAGGGUUUUGCUACUGCAGAGGACCUGCCGGUAGCUCGCUGGCCCCGGGGCUUGCGCGUCUGUCACGGGCUGUGUCGCAUCCACUAUUUUGAUCAUCUAAAAUCGCCUUGCAUGGAUACACCAUGGCUACGUUUAUAUGCAGGGUACAGUUCUUAGAUGAUACUGAUCCAUUUAACAGCACCAAUUUCCCCGAGCCCACCAGACCACCUCUCUUCACUUUCAGGGAAGAUAUUCCUCUGAUAAAUCAGAUUGCUGGAGUCCACAGGCUGCUCAAAUCUCCACAGAAGCCUGAUGACUGUGCCCUUCAGCUGUCUCAUAAUGGAAGCUACCUGGACUUGGAGUCUACCCUGGCAGAGCAGAGAGAUGAACUGGAGGGAUUUCAGGAGGAAGGAGGGAGAGGCAAGAAACACAGCAUUAUUCUUCGAACACAGCUAUCAGUCAGAGUUCAUGCCUGCAUUGAAAAACUCUACAAUUCAACUGGACGGGAGCUACGAAGAGCCCUAUUUUCCCUCAAGCAGAUUUUUCAGGAUGACAAGGACCUGGUGCACGAGUUUGUGGUGGCAGAAGGACUGACAUGUUUGAUAAAAGUGGGAGCUGAAGCCGACCAGAACUACCAGAACUACAUCCUCAGGGCUCUUGGUCAGAUAAUGCUGUAUGUGGAUGGGAUGAACGGCCUCAUAUCUCACAAUGAAACGGUCCAGUGGCUUUACACCCUGGUCGGAUCCAAGUUCCGGCUGGUGGUGAAGACAGCGCUAAAGCUGCUGCUGGUGUUUGUGGAGUACACAGAGUCUAAUGCCACCCUGCUCAUAAAGGCUGUGAGCGUUGUGGAUGCCAAAAGAGGCACAAAACUGUGGUCAAACAUCAUGGAGAUCCUUGAUGAGAAGGAUGGAGUGGAUACAGAGCUGCUGGUGUAUGCAAUGACACUCAUCAAUAAGACUCUGGCAGGUCUCCCAGACCAGGACUCCUACUAUGACAUGGUGGACUGUCUGGAGGAACAGGGCAUCGAAGCCAUGGCCCAGAGACACGUGAGCAGGAAGGGCACGGACCUCGACCUCAUAGAACAGUUCAACAUCUAUGAGAUGAUUCUGCGUCAUGAGGAUGGUGACGAUGAAACCCAGUUGCCCCCGAGCUGUCGAAAGGACCGCCGACGUGCCAGUGUUGGCGGCACCAACGAAAGGCGGGGCCUGGAGAGAAGACGCAGCCGGAGACAUUCACUCCAGAACAGAGGCCACGCUUCUGCCCCAGCAUCACCAAGCAGCCCACAUACUCCUGCAAGCAGAUUCCUGCCCUUUGGUGGCCAAGGUGUUGAAGACAUCAGUGAAAGAGAAGAGGCAGAGGAGGAGGAAGAAGAGGAGGAGAAGGGAGAGGAGGAGGAUGAGGAGGACGAGGAAGAGGCAGAUGAUGAAAGUCAUCCAGUCAUUGAGUCCUCUAGACAGGGCGCUCACAGUGUGGCUCCAGCUGUAGCAGAAACUCCUAACAUGUGUUUGAACUUAAAAUGUAUGGCCAACGUCCUCCCUAAAGCCAGUGACCCUGAAGGGCAGAGAGAAUAUCUCAGCGUCAAGACCAGGGCAUCUUCUCCUGUGUCCGUCGCACCUAAAAAGAGGACCUUUAGUCCUUGUCUGACAGAUACAAACAACUCUCCUACAUCUUACACAGCUAGAAAGCCUUGCUGGGCUGAAAGAAUCAAUGCCAAUGGCACUCCAUACCCUGGCAGGCACCAGGCUCCUACAUCACCCAUCCAUCGCUUGUCCAGUUCAGCACCCUCCACACCAGACUCCAAACCAGACAGACCCACUUUAGGGGGCUUGCUAACUUCAUCGUACAGACAGCAUCAAGAAACGCUGGCUGCAGAGAGAGAGCGGAGACGCCUGGAAAGAGAGGAGCGUCUGCAGAGAAUCGAAAGAGAAGAGAGGAAUCGCUUCAACCGAGAUUAUGUAGACAGGAGGGAAGAAGCAAGACAAGCCAGAGAGGAAAGGUACAAGGCUGUGGAGAGGCUAGCUGCAGAGGAGUUUGAGCGGGAGCGAACCAGAGCGCCAGCAAGAGGACGGACAGAGAUAACUUUGUGUUUGAGUUCCAACCCCGCCAGCCGCUCAGCAUCCCACUGUGCCACACCUUCAUCCAUCAUCUCACAGGAAGACUCCGCCACCACUGCACACCAGAAAUCGGAACACAUCUCAGAGCCAAACCUUGACCAACAGAACAGAACCAAAAGUCCAGCGCCAGAGUUAACAGUAUCAAAAUCAUCCCCCACACCUCCUUCCGAGCCAGACAAGCAGCAGACUGAGACAGAGUCGCCUGCAGAGACAGAUGAUGCUGCUGAGUCUGACCAGAAUGUAGUGGCAGAGCCGGUGUCAGGUGAACAGUCAGGCGUGGAGAGAGAAGAGAGGCAAGAGCAGGAGGAGCUUGAGGAGCAGAAACAGUGCAUGGAUGAGGCAGCAGUAGAAGAGCAGGGAGUAGAAGCAGGGGUAGCUGAUGUAGCAGAGGUCGGAGAGCCAGAUGCGGAGGUGGAUGCCGAGUUGGAGAAGGAGUGUGAGAAGGAGCAGGCGACGGAAAGGGAUGUAGAAGACAGUGUACUGCUGAGUGAGAAGGAGAGACAGAAUGAGGAAGUGAAUGAAAAAGACAACUGCUCUGCAUCCAGCAUCUCCUCUACGAGUAGCACUCUGGAGAGGGAGGAGCGGGAGGAGAAGAUCACCAGUGAUAUUGAAGCAGGCCAAUGGAAUCAGUGCAUUAAAGACGCAGAUGUGAACGACCAGUGCAACAAAAUUCUCAACAGCAAGCGCUUCAUGCUGGACAUGCUCUAUGCUCAGACGACAACCAACAAGGAUGAAGGGAAUGUAGAAGAAACAGAGAAAGAAAAAUGUAAGUGUGAGAAAGAGACAGAGGUCAGUGACUCCUCUGUGGCUAGUUUGGCCAGCAGGAUCUCCACACUGGAGGCUCACAGACAGGCCAGAGAGGAAAAUGUGAAAAAAAUGGAGGUGGGACAUCUGGACAACCAGGGCAGUGUCCGAGCAGUGGCGGAGAAGUUUGGAGAUUUGGUCAAAGGCUUGACAUCUCCUCCUGAGGUGGAGGCCUCUAAAGAGCUGCAGCAGCAGACUGACAAAUCAUCAGCUGCUGCCUCAUCACCUUUACCUCCUAAAAAAGAGUCGGAUUAUAUCUGGGAUCAGCUAAUGGCAGCACCCAGGGAGCUGCGGAUCAAAGAAAUGGACUUCACAGACCUGAGGGACGAGGAUGACUUGGACAUUUUAGAUAUGGACAGUGUGAUGGGGUCAGGUGACUUGAUACCACCACCUCCCCCUCCACCAUGCAACACUGCCCUGCCACCACCCCCACCGCUGUUUGGGUGCCCCCCGCCUCCCCCCAUGCUUGGCAAAAUGAUGCCGCCACCCCCACCAUUCAUGGCCCCUAUCCCGCCACCCUCCCCUCAGCUCAGUCGAGGGGAGGCGCCUCUCUUCCAGAAGAAGAAGAAGACCAUCCGUCUCUUCUGGAACGAGGUGCGUCCUGUGGACUGGCAGUGUAAGAGCCAUAAAUUCUGUAAGGAGUCCCUCUGGUCCAAACUGGAGCCAAUCAAACUGGACACAUCCAAACUGGAGCAGCUGUUUGAGUCCAAAUCCAAGGAGCUGCCUGUCACGAAGAAAGCAGCUGUUGAUGGCAAACGACAAGAAAUCAUAGUCCUGGAUUCAAAACGAAGUAAUGCUAUAAACAUAGGCUUGACUGUCUUACCUCCUCCUCGCACUAUCAAGACUGCUAUCCUCAACUUUGAUGAGUACGCACUAAACAAGGAGGGCAUUGAGAAAAUCCUGACGAUGAUCCCCACAGAGGAGGAGAAGCAGAGGAUCCAGGAGGCUCAGCUGGUCAACCCAGAUAUUCCCCUGGGCAGCGCUGAACAGUUCCUUCUCACCCUCUCCUCCAUCACAGAGCUGUCUGCUCGCCUGCAGCUGUGGGCAUUCAAGAUGGACUAUGACCUUAUAGAGAAGGAAGUGGCAGAGCCUCUUCAGGACGUUAAGGAAGGGAUGGACCAGUUAGAGAACAACAGGACACUCCGCUACAUCUUGACCACACUGCUGGCCAUUGGCAAUUUCCUCAACGGCACCAGUGCUAAAGGCUUUGAGCUGAGCUACUUGGAGAAAGUUCCAGAGGUGAAGGACACGGUUCAUAAGCAGUCUCUGCUGCACCACACCUGCUCCAUAGUGGUCGAGAAGUUUCCAGACAGCACUGACCUCUACUCUGAGAUAGGAGCCAUCACCCGCUUGACAAAGGUGGACUUUGACCAGCUUCAGGACAAUCUGACCCAGAUGGAGCGAAGGUGCAAGGCAUCUUGGGAUCACCUCAAGGUCAUUGCGAAACAUGAGAUGAAACCGGCGUUGAAACAAAAAAUGUCCGACUUCCUCAAAGACUGUGCAGAGAGAAUUAUUAUUCUGAAGAUUGUACAUCGAAGAAUUAUCAACAGGUUUCAUGCCUUUCUGCUGUUCCUGGGCCAUCCGAUAUAUGCAGUACGUGAGGUCAGCAUUCAUCGCUUCAGCAAGAUCCUGAGUGAAUUUGCCCUGGAGUAUCGCACAACAAGAGAGCGUGUGCUACAACAGAAACAGAAGAGGGCCAACCACCGAGAGAGGAACAAGACCAGGGGGAAAAUGAUAACAGAUAGUGGUAAAUUUGGCAGUGCCCCGUCGGACGCACAGGAGAGCCAGCCUCAGGGUAUCCAGUAUGCUGAAGACGCAGCUGAACAUGAGAACAUGAAGGCCGUCCUAAAGAGUAGCCUGCAGGGCGGAGAGAGCGGGACGUCCACAGUGCCGGGCCUCCGUACGCGCACCAGAGCCAGCAGCACCAGAGGUCGUCUUCCCCCAUGGUGCUCUGCCAGUGAGGACCCAGUGAACUGCACAGAUGACACAGCUGAUGAGAUCAUGGAGAGGAUUGUCAGGUCAGCCACUCAGGGGCCCAGCCAGCGGACGCAACCUCGAGAGAGGAGACGUUCCCGAGCGAACCGAAAAUCACUGAGAAGGACACUGAAGAAUGGUUUGACGACGGAGGAGGCCAACGCUCUUGGCUUGUCCAGUGGUUCGGAGAUGCAGGUGUGAGCUGGGCCCGGAUCCCAUUGGACAUUAAGACGUCUGGGAGCCCUUCCACUGCCCCCCUCCAAUGCCUACAACCAACCUGGCAAUCCACUGCACUCUGAAUUGGCACUAAAAUCCCCCCCUAGCUGUGAUGAGUUGAUCUCAUCUUUGUGCGUUUGGUUUACAUAGGCUUGACGCAAGUGCUUCCUGAAGAGAGUGGAUAAAAGGCUGAGCGAGAUUUUCUUCAUGAACUGCGGGGCAAAGAGAGCAGAAAACAGAGCGCUGCAUUCAAACCACUAAGCUUUGCUGUUGCUGGAUGUACAUCGAUGAUCUGCACUCACAAGGCUUGACCACCAUCAUCCUUCAAAUGUGACAUUGCUCACAAACACCCGCGCAAAAGUUUAUUUUUUAAGGCCAAGGGUAUCAAAAGAGUUGGCAGUGCAUAUUCUUCAAUCUCCGUGGCCUUGACUGAAUCCAGAGGGCUUGAAGUGUGGUACAGACACUAAACUCUCCACUAACUCUGUUUGCUUGGUUUAGUGUCAGCCCUGCAGCUUUAGUGACAAAUUGAAUUGAAAGACGUUUCAUCUAUUGAAUAGAUGGCUUUGUGCAGAGGGUUUUUCUGUUAUAUACUACUGUGGUAGUUUUGUGUUUCUUUUCAUUUUGCUCAAGAAGGUGCUCAAAUAAGGAUCAAUUGCACUGGAUGUAAAAGUUGGGUAUCAAUGGAAUGUGAAAUCCUUGACACUGAUGAACCACUCUGACAUCUGAAUCUGAAAAUAUAUUAAACAGUUUUACCAGCAAUUUAACAGUAGCACAGUUUUUAAUGUCUAAUCCAAGUCGACAGAUUCAAGGCAGGUGUGCAUUAGUUUACUGGGUAAGAAGGAAUUUAUUAGAGAAACAGUGGAAAUAUUUUUAAAGAUCAUGGGAAGAAAGAGAAUGUUACUAUGGGUAAGACUGGCGAUACCACUAGCUUCAGACUAAUGCUCUUCAUACAAACAUUUUUAGAUUACACAAAUGUAGACAAGCUGCAUCACGUGACCUAUUCUCACUUAAUGGACUGAACAGUUGGGAACAGUUUGAGGAAGGCAGGCACAAUCUUACAGGUGAGCAAUCGUCAUAAGAGUUAUGUAGAUUUAUUUUGUCGAAACUAUGAGCUGCACAUUUCAGAGUGCCUUUCAGAGACAGUUAUUUAUUAAGACGUUUUCAGGGACAUAUAAAAUCAAGAAAAUGUUACGACAAAUGUGCGGUCUGUGAGAGGUGAGACGAUACUAUUGCAAUCAUUCAUGAGCUGUGAUUUAUUUUUAACCAGUGUUUUUAAACUUGUCCUGGCAAAAAUUUCUGGGUUUUUUUUUUUUCAACAUUAUAUCUUGGAUCAAAUAGUUUAUGAAGAUAGCUUUAAAGUAUUUAUGACAACUUAGGGAUUGGUUAUGCACAUUAGCUGUAUCCUGUUGCCUUACUGUAGAAUAUGGGCAUGCAUUGUUCCACUCUAGUCGAGAUCUAGGUAAAAUAUAACAGUUAAAGAUAGAUCAGGCCAAAUUAAUGUGUAGUUCACCUGGCAUCACUGGAGAUCUCAAUUUGUCAUUUACAGGACAUGUAGCGUAUUCCUUCUUUAUUUAACUAUGAAUGUGAACAUCAGGGGUUACAUGGUAAUUUGUAAUAUGGACACACACCAAAUCUCCAUAAUUUAUCUACUUUAAAACAUGUAAAUCUGUAUUGAAGUGAAUAAGAGGGAGCCUGCAGUUGAACCUUUUGGUUAUGUGGGUAUGUUUCUGAAGGAUUGAUGAGCUCGUGCUUUUGAUUCAUUUGGGAUGGCCUUGGCUACACUGUAACAUGCAUAAUUACAGCUGAUAUCAUGGCUUGCAAGUUGCAAGGCAGAUCUGUCCCACUCGCAAAUUUUCACUGUGAUGGAAACAUAGCCAUGGAGAGAAACGAGAAUCUCGCGCAACAUCAUGCUAAAGCUACAUAAAACCACACCAGCAGUUCAUUUUUUUUUUGUUUUUUUUUUAAAGAAUUUACUGAAAACUAUUCAGCACCUUAGACUCAAUGUGUAGCAUGCAACUUAGAACUGAAGUUACGAGGGAAGAGCUCAAUGCGUUUCCCUGAUUGUACUGACUCUUGUCAAAAACAAGACACAAUAGAUGUGUAAAGUAAUAUAGGGGAAUGCUGUAAAAUGAUGUACAUGUCAUGACAAUGUCUUUAUGUUCUUCUGUUUUUUUUGUCUUCUUUUUGCUCCAUGUGUAGAAUUGUGUAUUAUAGACUAAAAGCAGUAUUAUUCUAAAUAUAAUUUAAGCAAACCAAGCCAUGCAUGGUUUAAAAAGGUGUCACUUCUGCUUGAUACAAAGGGAGGUUCACUUUGGUUCUCAGAGCUGUAGGGUUUGUGUGCAUCUUAUUAAACCUUUUUACUUCACGGACUCAUCAAAUUUACCUGCUACUCCUGUGGAUUCCCUUAGAAGUCUUUGAUUUCAUUGCACUCAACAUGUUCUUCUUUUCAUUUAACAUUAGCUCAUCACACACAUUGCUGCCUGUGCCAUAACAUCACUGUGGAACUUGGACACAAGCGCUAUACAAACCAAGGCUUCUAUUGCGUCUAUGUGCCCACAGCAAAAACUAUGUAACAACUAAAAUAA